CUUGACCAACACCGGCCAAUCGUCUGUCUCCGGGCCACAGCCCAAGCUCUAGCUAUCACGGGAGUCCCUAGCCACGCCUCCUCCGCAGCCCCAGGCGUGCGCGGGGCGGAGGGAAAGGGGCGGGGCCAGCUCUCAUGGUCCAAUCCUCUGUCUUCCUUUUCCCCGCCACAGACCGUGCUCUGCUUCAGGGCGGCCGGACUGGACGCGGUGGAGCUUCGAGAACUUUCCCCCUGGGCCGCGCUCGCUCCGGGCCCGCGCUGUCGAGCGGGUCCCCGGCGACGGCGUGCGCAGUCGGGCGCGCGCCCCUGCGGGCUGCGCGAGCUCGAGGUGCGUGUGAGCGAGUUGGGCCUGGGCUACACGUCGGACGAGACCGUGCUGUUCCGCUACUGCGCAGGCGCGUGCGAGGCGGCCCUGCGCAUCUACGACCUGGGCCUGCGCCAGCGGAGACACGUGCGCAAGGAGCAGGUGCGCGCGCACUCGUGCUGCCGCCCGACGGCCUACGAGGACGAGGUCUCUUUCCUGGACGUGCAGAGCUGCUACCACACGCUGCAAGAGCUGUCGGCACGGGAGUGCGCAUGUGUGUGAAGCUACCUCAUGCCCCAGCCCUGGGCCCCUGCCCGGGGGCAACGCCCAUCCUCGCGAGAACUGAAUUCACAUAAGGCGUGGGAACUGCAAUAAUAAUAAUAAUAAUACUUGUCCAAUAGCUUAGACUUGUUACUACGAAACUCAGGCUAGGAAAGUUGGGUUGAUAAACUGGUCUAAACUCUGGAAGAAGUCCUUGUCCUUUCCCAGCACAUUCUUGCAGCUAUAAAGGAUCUGGGGUCUUCAGUUACCAAGAAAAAGAAGGCCCACCCUUUGGCCCAGGGCCUCUUCAUGG